CUCCUUCUAGGCUUCUAGUAAUGUCAGGGUCAUGCCGAGGUCAGUUAUACAGUUAUACUAUCUGCAUUAUUACAAACUUUAUUGAGCUUUACAUAAUUUUCAAUAACCUUGAAACUUUGAAAAGUCAAGAAAGAUUUUUCACUCUUCAACAUGAAAAUGAGGUAGUAGUCCCCUGGCUAAACAAUAGUUUAAUUCUGAAUUUGGGGUUUCAUUUUGUGAACCAAACUGAGCUUAUUUUAUUUUAUUAUUUUGGGUUGGUGAUCUAUGUGGGAUUUUCUCUGUUAGGAGCUGUUUGACAUGAUUUUGUUCUGGGUCAAGCCCUCAAUGUUUAUCUGGUAAAUUUUGGAGAGAGUUGUAACAUCCCAAUUGUUUCCAAUAAAAGAGAGAUUCCUUGUAAAACUAAGUAGCUGUUUCUGUUUUUGUAGACCUUAUCAGGAUCAGUGUGUGGUGUUGGGGCUAGCUUUUGAUUAGAAGCAAUAUUAUUCGCAGAUUUGGAAAUUGGUUCAUCAGGAUCAGUAUUCAUUAGGUAGCUGCUUCAUUUUUUUUGUUUGUAUUGUAGCUCCAACAAAUGGCAGAUCUAGUUCUGUCCCCAGUUUUACAGGUGCUUUUUGACAGAUUGGCUUCUCCACUCUUAAGAAAGCUUGGAAAUAUGUGGAAUCUCUCUGACAACUUUGAAAAGCUAAAACGCACCUUAGUAUAUGUUCAAUCAGUUCUAGAAGAUGCAGAAGAGAAGCAAGUGACUGAUAGAGAUGUCAAAACUUGGUUGUCAGAGCUCAAACAUGUUGUUUACGAGGCUGAAGACUUGCUUGAUGAGAUUACCAUCACUGAAGCACUCUUGGAUUCUGGAGAGCAGGGAUCAGGUAUGAGGCUUAAUUUUUUUCAAACAGGAUAUGCUGACAGAGUUAGAGAGAUGCUUGAUAAGUUAGAAACAAUUAGUGACGAGGGCUCUAAAUUCAAUUUGAGGGAGCGUAGUAUUAUCCAUGGUAGGAUUGAAACUAGUUCUUAUGUUAUUGAAUCUGAAGUCUAUGGGAGAGAGGAAGAUAGAGACAAGAUAGUGGAGCUGUUACUGUCUGAUGAAGCUACCCAAGGAGUUGCUCUCUCAUGUAUUCCAAUAGUAGGGUUGGGAGGUAUAGGGAAGACAACCCUUGCUCAAUUAGUAUAUAAUGAUCAGAGGGUAACUCAAUAUUUUAAUGCUAAAGUAUGGGUUUUUGUUUCUGAUCACUUUGAUGCCAACAUAAUAAUGAUGGCAAUCAUCGAAUCUCUUACCAACCAAAAAUAUCAGUACACGAGCAUGGAUGCACUUCAUACCACAAUCCGUGACCUGUUGCAUGACAAAAGAUACUUAAUUGUAUUAGAUGAUGUUUGGACAGAAAAUCAGGGAGACUGGGACAGGCUCAGACCACUCUUUAGAAGUGUUAUUGAUGGAAGCAGAAUUAUAAUUACAACCCGCAGUAAAAGAGUUGUACGUAUGCUCAAAGUGCCAACUACUUCAUAUCAUUUGGAUGGUCUGUCUGAGGAAGCUUGUUGGUCAUUGUUUCUGCAAUAUGCUUUCCAAGAAGGAGAAGAAAAAGAGCACCAACAUCUCUUGCCAAUUGGACAAGAGAUUGUAAAAAAGUGCAGGGGAGUGGCAUUAGCUGCAAAAACCUUGGGAAGUCUCAUGUGCUUCAAAAGGGAGGAAAGGGAGUGGCUGGCAGUGCAAAACAGUGAACUUUGGAACUUGAGUGAAAGUGAAAGUGAAAUUGUACCUGCCCUGAGGUUGAGCUACCACCAUUUGCCCCCCUACCUCAAGCGAUGCUUUUCAUUCUGUUCAAUAAUUCCUAGACGGUUUGAGAUCAAGAAAGAGAAAUUAAUCCGCCAAUGGAUCGCUGCAGGCUUGGUUCAACUUAGCAGAGAAGGAGAAUCACCAGAGGAAACUGGUAAUGAUUGCUUCAACGAUCUCCUCUGGAUGUCCUUUUUCCAAGAGGUGAAGCAAUCUAAUAACGAUGCCCGCAUAAUUGGAUAUAGGAUGCAUGAUAUCAUUUAUGAUCUUGCACAAUCCGUUGCUGGAACAGAGUUCAGUAUAAUAGACCACACUUCUGCUCCAAGGUAUCCUGCACAAAUUCGUCACUCAUCUGUUGUUUGUGAUUUUAGAUCCGGCUCAAUAAUUCAUGAAGAGUUCUACAAAGCAAAGCAUUUACGAACUCUCUUUAUAUUUUCAGAAGGUGGUUUCAGAGAGGUACCUCAUAAACUAUUUUCAAGUUUUAGAUAUCUGCGUGAGUUGGAUAUGAGCGGGUGUGGCCUUGAGGUUCUGGAUGGAUCAAUUGGUGACUUAAUAUGUUUGAGGUAUCUUGACAUAUCUUAUACACACAUCAAGGAGUUACCUUGUAGCAUAGAAAAACUUCUUUUCUUGCAAACUUUGAACGUUGCUGGUUGCUAUAAUCUUACAUCAUUGCCACAGUUAGCAAAUAUGUCAAACCUCAGACAUCUUAAUAACACUGGAUGCAUAGCAUUGACCAGCAUGUUACCUUUAAAUAGACCCUUUAACCAGCUGCAGAGGCAUACUGAACUUUCCGCAGAAGAGCACAAUGAACAUAUCCGGGUUCUACCCCCUUAUACAAACCAGCUUCAAACAUUGCCACUGUUCGUUGUUAGUGGGCUUCAGGAUAUUAAGCUUCUGGAACGGCUUGACCUCCGUGGAACUCUGAAAAUUACACACUUAGAGAACUUGCAUGAUCAAGGUGGCAUAGAUUUCCAUGCAUUAAACAGAAUGAAGGGUGUUGAGUCGUUGGGAUUGUAUUGGGGGGAUGAUGAUCAUUGUCCAAACAUAAAUCGUGAAGAGGACUAUGUUUUUACAAGAUUCCAAGAAAGAAAGCAAGUUCACUCAUCAGGGCCAUCACAAAGACUUGAAGCCAGUGAAUCAUUAGAAUUGCUUAUUACCCGUCUCCACCCUAACAAAUAUGUUAAGAGACUGACAGUUAAAGGUUACCUAGGGAUCAGGUUUCCUGAUUAUUGGCUUCUCUCUUCCAAUUUGACUGUGGUUAACUUAAUUGACUUUGGAAAAUGUGAAGAGCUUCCUAGCCUUGGGCAUCUUAAGUUGCUUAACAGUCUCUCAAUGCGGAAAAUGCCUGCCGUAAGGCGUAUUGACAUACGGUUCUAUGUUGAGCGUCAUCUACAUAGCACCACACCACCAUUUCCAGUACUCAGAGAACUAGUCCUCAUUGAUUUCCCUAAUUUGGAAGCGUGGUCAAGCCCAGAUGAUGGAAAUGCUUUCCCCAGCUUGAGAAAAUUAAUUGUCAGUAAAUGUCCAAAGCUCAAUAUGAUGCCAAAAAUUCCAUCUAUUCAACAUUUGGAGCUCAGAGAUUGUAAUGCAACUUUAGUUCAUUACUUUCAGAAGCUAACAUCCCUAACAGUUCUUGUAAUUGAGAAGGCCAGAGGUUUAUCAUCUUUUCCAGGUGUAUUUCCUGUAAACAACCAUCUUCUUACAACUCUGGAUAUUAUAUCUUGUCCCCUUCAGCGUCUGCCUAAUUUUGGAAACCUUACUGCUCUGAAAGCAUUGACAAUUCGGUGGUGUCAAGAACUCUCCUAUUUGCCACAAGGUAUGCAGAUUCUCUGUGCUUUGGAGUCCUUGGAGAUUGGUGAUUGCCACAGUCUCAUGUUUUUGCCUGAGAUUGGGUAUGGUGGCUUCAGCAACCUUAAAACUUUGUCUAUUGAGAACUGCAAUAAUUUGACUUCCUUGUCGAUGGGCUUCAAAAAUCUCACAUUGCUUGAGCACUUGAUCAUCAUGUACUGUCCAAGUCUUGUUACUUUACCCCAGGGCAUACAAAACCUUUCUGCCCUUCAAAGUUUGACCAUAUUAGGCUGCUGUCCAGAGUUUAUGUCUCUUCCAGAGGAGUUACAGAACCUCACACGGCUGCAUAGUCUGGAAAUUAGAAGCUGUCCUGGCUUAGAAGCUUUGCCUGAGUGGAUUGAGAAGCUUGUUUCAUUAAGAACCUUGGCUAUUUCCGAUUGUCAGUGUAUAACUUCUUUACCUGAGAGUAUGGUCCGUCUCACUGGACUCCAACACCUCUCAAUUCAAGAUUGUUCUCAACUUUUGGAAAGGUGUAGACCGCAAGAUGGCGAAGAUUGGCCAAAGAUAGUCCAUGUCCCAUACAAGCACAUUGGACCUCCUGAGCUUAGCCAUCCAAGUGAAGCAAGCAUUUCUUCAAAUUAGAGCAAAUUUAUGGGCCUUCUUACCUGUGCUAUUGAUAUCAAUGAGCAAAACUCAUACGUGGAAAUUGGUAGCUCCACCAAUCACCACCAGUCAUCAUUGGAUUUGCAUGCGUAUGUAUGAUGAUGCCGUGGUGGGCUUCGCAUUAAACAGAGAGGGACCUUCUCUUUCAAGUAUUAUAUCUUCAUAAUAUGCAAGAAAUCCAUAC